UAUCCUCUGAGCAUAAAAUUGUUUUAUCAUGUUAUGUUUAUUUCCUAGACAUCUUCCAUUGGGAUACUGCAGGAAAAUACUGGCUGUGCAGUUAGUGCCUUUGUGUGGACUGCUCAUAUUUAUUCACUGGGAAGUCAAUCAUGUUUUGUUCGAGCAUGUUUUGUUUUUCUGCUGAGCAAACACUUAAGCAACCUUUUUCUUGUACAAAUUUAUUUGCAUAUACGAUAUGAGCCAUUCAAAGUCAGUACUGCGCAGAUAUUUGAGUUAUUUUUGCUUUCUCUGCUGUGCAACAUAGGAAGUAGCAGUGGAGUUCACCCUCAAAACAUUGGCUUUGCUGAAUAAGACUGCAGUGUAUUGGUCACGCUUAAGGACUCCAUCAGUAGUUACAGAUAUUUUUAUUUUGUUUUAUAUUGAAAGCCUGGGAUAGAUCUUUCCUAUUAAAUGCAUUCAGCAAAAUGCUUCCAAGUAAUCUACAGACAAAGAAUUAUUCCUAGCAAUUAUCCACUGAAUAAAUCUGAAUAAUGAAUAUGUUCACAGAAGUCACUAUCUAUUUGUGAGCAAUUAGCCAAAAGAAAUAGAGGUGACAUUCAUAAGCUAAAUAAUUCAUUUAUGAAUGCUUUGUCCGGCUUCGGUUCUGACACAUGUUGCAUGAAAUUAGAUCACAGCUUAGAUGAAAAAUUACUUUACAUAGGGGGGCAAUAUUAAAGAAAAUUCUUCCAGCUUCCAAAGCAGAUUAUUCUAAUAUUGUAACAAUCACUCAUUACAAGUGAUUUAAAAGACUACUGAAGUUAUUUUCCUGGAAUCCUUCACUUCAUGCAUUAAACUAUGUUUUAUUCCUAUCAUAUAUCCAAUUUUAGGCUGUUAAACUGCAAUCAAAAGCACUUAGUAGGAAUGGAUCUGUCUCUGUUAUGAAGUUUGAACUUCUGACACCUUUAUCCACUGGAACUUAAGUGCCCAGGAUGCACCAGGGAGGGGAUUUCCGGAGAGUUUUACAAGGCCUGCAGCUGUGAGCUGGUUGCAGCAUGAGGAAAAGCCCUCCAUCACCCCAAUGCACAGGAAAGAGAAGACAGAUGAUAGUAGCUGUCCUCCUUCGAUACUGAGGAAAAGGCCACCUGUGGAUCAAGCUGUGGGGGAAAAGCGAAAAGCAGAGAGAAGAGUUCGAUUUCGGGAGCCAGAAGAAGUCAUUGAACAUGCCAUUUCCUGCUGUGACUAUGUAGUGGUACAUGACAGGUCAUCAUCUGGAUUGCCUGUGUUCCUGUGGCUUUCAUUUUGUGUAGUGCUGAUCCUGGCUGUGAGUCUCUACUACACCAGCAUGAAGCAAGAUUUCAAAGUCCUGGAAGAAUUUCAAUCCCGACUUGUUUUCUUCUUUCUUCAGAUAAGACACAUUGCUCAGAAAUGCUGGACUUGGUUUACGAGGCAAUAGUAAUGUUCUCUGACUGCAGCGGGCCUGACAAACGUCCGAGAUCUGCUAACUGGCGCACAGCCAUAAAAAGCUCCCGGUCCACUCCAGCCAUAUGUCAGGGAACACAUGAGCAUCCACCUUGAAGAACAUAAACCACCCCUGUUGUGCACUUCCCAGAGCCACUUGUUCUCCUUUCUCGUUUGUCAUUAUAUUGUGGCCACAUUAGCAACUAGAGGUCCCACCAAACUUGGCCUUCAUUGUCCUGGACAGUGAACAAGUAUCUUAACUUUGUCCCCCAAACGGGUUACAAACUGUAGAUCUGAGGAGUAGAAGCUGAUAGAGAAAUUCAUUUCUCUGUGCAGGAAGCAGCAAGCUCUGAAUAUAAGUCUCCCAAAGUCUCAAGUCAAGGCAUUACCUACCAAACCACCUUUCUCCUCAAGUCUCCUAAGAGCAAUUCUGCAAAAGUUAAAGUAAAGCUGAACUAUUGCACAGACACUACUCCUGUGGCCAAAGGCUUGGCAAGUUUGCUGUAUUUAUACACCUAUGAAACGAUUGUUAGUAAAAUCCUGGCAAAUGGCUUUCUUGUUUCCUUUCAUGCAUUUUUGCCUGCAUGGGCAAAAACUGUUUCUUGAUGUUUCACUUGACUCCCAGGUGUGAAAAAGAGCAUGAAAACUCAUUUAAAUGGUAAAUAGUGUAUUUGCCUAAUAUCAUGCACAACAGCCUUGAAUCCCAGGUUAGUUAUCAAAUCAGUAGUUUAAUUCUCUGUGUUUGAUUCAGUUCAUAAAGCCCAUGAGCUGAGCUUACAAGGUCUCUGACAGCGCUUAUACUCAGACAGAGAUUAUGCAUUUACUCCUGUGUGUUCAAGGCCUUAUAUAAUGCUAGUACAGACUGUUUAUGAAGAAGUGGGGGAUACAGCUCUACUAUCCUUCUGUUAUCAUACCAUAGUGUGCACUUCUCCAAAGGGAAUCAUUUUAAUGAAGCUCAUGCAAUAAAUGUGGAACAUCACCCUGCAUAUCUGAGAGGAGAGCAAGCGUGUGCAAGCUUACGAGCACCAGCUUUCCCAGUUUUAUUUUCUUCCUUGGCAAAAAUAGCAUCAUCAGCUUUUUAGAUCCUAAAUUCUUUUCAAGUGACAUUAAAGAAAUGCAUAUGAUGCCUGCUUAGUUUUAUUCACUAUGAUAAGGACAACAUCAAAACUUGUAAAAGCUGAAGAAAAUAAAAAAAAAAGAGAGAAAACACUGCAGAGAAGAUGGAGGUGAUGUUUGCAAGGCUACGUCUUGAACUCUCCUACCAUUGCAACCCGUCAAAAAGAAGAAAAUCUGGUGCUUUAUUUUUAAUUGACUUUAAAAAAAGAGGGCAACAGCUCUCUGCCAUAGCAGAGCUUGCUGUCCCAAGCAGCCCACAGACUUCAACUAGGCAAAGGACAAAAUAGGAGCAAAAUACACGGUCUUUGCUCAAGAGGAAGGUGGGCAGGAAUCUGAUUGCAAAUGGAUCCAAAAAGCUGCAGUGUCAGAGAUGGAAAGGGGUCACUUCAGGGGCUAUUCUCACGAUCUUUCUGAGAUGUCACAGACCCACAGGAAUCGCAUACGACAAGCUGCCAGUUUGGGAACCAGAGGUUGCUGCAGCAAGUGUGUUUAGCUCAGUGACUCUUUGCACAAACCCAUCAUGUACCCCGAGCUUCCAGGGUAAG